CCGGUCAGCAUGGAGGAUAAGGGUGAUUUGGCCAGCUUCAACAAGCUUAGCGAUGGGGAAAUUGUCGUUCCGGGCUCUCCGCCCUUCUUCUCACCCCUAACCCACGCGGUGGAAGUCAAGCUCGACUCACAAAACCGGGAGUUGCAGCCCGGGUAUCCGCACUACGCGCACGCCUUCGAACCGCUGCUGCGGUCCGUCGAGACCAUGGCGCCGGGGUUCAACGUGCUCGAGGCGGCUGAGAUUGUCAGCAACGCGAGCAACCUGCGCAAGAUGUUCCACACCUUCAGCAACCAGAAGCGACUGACGGAGCGCUUCGACCUAGAGUGGCGGCACAACACGCUGUUCAUGUCCAAGUGGACGGGCGAUCCGUCGCUGCGGUCGAGCCUGGGCCACGGUGCGGGCUUCGAAAAGGAGACGUGCCGCUACGGGCCCGACGACGACGACAUGCUGCGCCGCAGCGCCAGCCACCACCGCGUCGUACGCUACCGCUUCGCCGGGCUCGAGCUGGUCGUGCAGUCCGAGGUCGACGCCUACUACUGCGAGUGCGUCCACCCGACAACCUUCGCCCCGCGGCCCAUCCCGGCCGGCAGCCCCAACACCAGACUCGCAGCCGACAGCGGCAUGAAGGGGCCGUGGCGGCGCCUCUCACCGCUAACUACGCCCUCCUCGUCGCCCCCGUCGCCCGGCUGGUUCUCACCAACAUCACGCAACAGCUUCUCCCGCCACUCGCCCCCAAGCCCCACCACUUUCACCGCCCCACCAUCACCACCACUGCCGCCACCAUCACCAACAACAACCCCCCCACCCUCGCCCCCACGGCAAGGACGCUUCUCGUUCCUCGCGCUGGCGCUCGACGACCCCGGCGACAGCCCAUCCUACACGGCGCUGCAGGCAUCAAUCCCACACCUGCGGCUGCCAGCGUCGUCGCCGACGCUGCUCACGCACCGGUGGCACGGGCGCGACGUGCCGUCGGCGUGCCUGCUCGAGGUCAAGACGCACCGGGCCAGCAACGAGCCCAUGUUCGCGCCCGAGGCGCAGCUGUACUUCAGCCGGCGGCGGCUGCUGUACGUGGCGCAGCACCGCGCGGGCGUGUUCGUGCCGGGCCCCACGAGCGCCGUGCUGCACGACUAUGGUGUUGAUGGCGGGCUGGAGCGCUGGGAGCGCCGUGCCGAGAACCAGGCCGUGCUGGGGCGGCUCGCGGCGCUGUUGCGCUUGUUGAGGGAGCGUGUCGGUGUGAUGGCGGAGGAGAGGCCGGGUGUCAGGGUUAGUUUGGUGUGCGAGGCUGAUGGCUCGGGCGAUGAGGGUGGAGUCAGCGCCGCGCUGUAUUUGCGCACUGAUGGCGUG